CUCAGUUGGUUUUAAAUGUAAAUAUAAAAACAACUUUUUUUUCUUUUUUUUUUUGAGAGUGUAUUAUUUUAUUGUCCCAGCACCUCCAGUUCGCCUCCGGGGCCUUGUUCAUUAGUAAGCACAAUCUACUUCAUCAGGUUACACGCGGCAGAGGAGCUACGUGACUGCACUCAUUCCCAGCACUACACCAAAGCGGGAGCAGAUGACUUGGAAAUUCUCAGUCAGCAUCUUUUUUUCUUUAUGAGUAUUUUGGGACUCUUUUGUUGGAUUGUUUUAUUGUGAGCACCGGGAGCCGCCGCCCCCCCUCUCCACUCGCAGACAUCGCGAAAUGAAACUCGGUUUUGUCAUCGAGACUGCGGUGGCGCUUUAUCUGCUGCUCUCACCUGCACAGAGUCUCCCUUUGGCAAGUAUAAACAGUACAACUGAAGUGUUAAUGUUUCAAGAAGUGUGGGGUCGAAGCUUCUGCCGGACCAUUGAGAAGCUUGUGGAGGUGGUGCAGGAGUACCCGACAGAAGUGGAGCACAUCUACAGCCCCUCCUGUGUGCCGCUGGUGAGGUGUGCAGGUUGUUGUGGGGACGAGAACCUGGAGUGUCAUCCAACACACACCACGAACGUCACCAUGCAGCUGUUGAAAAUCAGGCCGUCAGAGCCGGGUCAGGAAUAUGUUGAGAUGACGUUUGUGGAGCAUCAGACAUGUGAAUGUAGAGUCAGGAAACCUGUUGUGAAGGUUGAAAGGAAAAGGCAAAGAGGA